AAGAGAAGUAUAGUGCAAUAUACUUGACGUUUAUCCUACAGUUUUGUGAGUCCCGUUAAGCCCUUCAACCCUAAUUGGCUAUUGAUCAAAUUAACCCCCAGUAAUUCCAAAAUGACGAAAAUAGCAUUGGGAACCAGCGGAGAGGCUACUCAGCCGGACUGCAUUAGAGCCCUUGUGGUGGAGUUCAUCUCCACCUUUCUCUUCGUCUCCGCCAGCGUUGCAGCCACCGUCGCCGCCGAAAAGCUAGCGGCUGGCGCGAUGGUGGGGUUGAUAGCCGUGGCAGUGACACAGGCGCUUUUUGUGGCCGCGGUGGUACCUGCCGCCCAUAUUUCUGGUGGCCAUCUUAACCCGGCCGUCACUCUCGGCCUCCUCGCCGGCGGACAUAUCACCGUCGUCCGGUCCCUUCUCUAUUGGAUAGACCAGUUGUUGGCCUCUUCCGCAGCUUGUUUUCUUGUCCAGUAUCUCAGUGGAGGAUUAAGGAUUCCAGUUCAUUCACUGGGAAGUGGGGUAGGACACUUCCAAGGAGUAUUAUGGGAGAUUGUCCUUACUUUCUCCUUGCUUUUCACGGUCUAUGGUGCUAUUGUGGACCCCAAUAGGGGAGCUGUUGAUGGGCUGGGCCCAACUCUUACUGGAUUUCUGGUCGGUGCUAACACCAUAGCGGGUGGAGCCUUCACAGGCGCUUCGAUGAACCCAGCAAGAUCAUUUGGGCCUGCUUUGAUCAGCUGGAACUGGACAAAUCACUGGGUUUACUGGGUUGGGCCCUUGAUUGGUGGUGGACUCUGUGGGCUUAUCUAUCAAAAUUGCUUCAUUGUCAAAUCUCAUGUCCGUAUUUCCACUGAGGAAGGAGCUUAUUAGUUAAUUCUCUCAUACAGCGUGAUUUUGGAAUUAUAUAUGUCUUUUAUUCUUGUUAGGCCCUUCA